AUGAAACGCGUAAAAAAUAGAGACGGAACGAAAGAACAAAAGCUUAUGAAUGCGGAUGACGUAGAUAGGGAAAUUGUUGAAAACGGUCUCGGAAUAUAUGAAAUGCCAGCAGAUGAGGUACAAGAAACUCCACAGGAAGAAGUUCAGAUACAACCAGACAUGGAAGAAAUAGUUCAGCAACAACAGCUAGAAGAGCCUGAAGGAAACGAACAAGUCACUCCUUUGGAAACUAACUUCACAGAACUAGAUGAAGAUUUGGAACAGCCGAAAAAUCUUGACCCUCAACAAGAGUAUGCGGAGAAUAUGGAAUAUUUCCAAGAGCUAAAAAAAUUCGGCUGA